UCCCGUAUGGCAGUACCCUUUGUGGGUAAAUUGUCAAAUUUUAGUAGUUGGUUUAAAAAAAAAUAAUAUCUUAAAGUAAUCGAUCAUAUAGUGUUUCCUUCGACUGUAAAUAACUUUGGUGCUGUGUAUUAAAAAGUUCGGUGAACAACUUGUGAUGAAGACGGAAGACAAAUGAGUCAAUUCCAACCCUAUUUUUCUUGGGAUUGUCUUGAGAUAUGAGAUAUCAGCUUCAUGGUUUUCAUUUCAAAUAAAACAUACAGUUCAGAUACAAUUGUAGCUAUAUAAUUAUCAAUUAUGAGUAUUGGUGGAACCUUGCAGAAAGCUAUUGAUCUAGUUACAAAAGCUACUGAUGAGGACAGAAAUAAAAAUUAUGAAGAAGCAUUAAGAUUGUAUGAACAUGCAGUUGAAUAUUUUCUUCAUGCCAUUAAAUAUGAAGCACAGAGCGAGCGAGCUAAGGAAAGUAUUCGAAACAAAUGCUUACAAUACUUAGAAAGAGCUGAAAAACUCAAAGAAUAUUUAAAAAAAGGGAAACAAAAAAAACCUGUGAAAGAAGGAGAAAGUAACUCCAAAUCAGAUGAAAAGAAAAGUGACAGUGAUAGUGAUUCAGAUGAUCCUGAGAAAAAGAAACUUCAGUCAAGGCUAGAAGGAGCUAUCGUGGUUGAGAAACCAUGUGUACAAUGGUCUGAUAUCGCCGGUUUAGAAGGAGCGAAAGAAGCUCUUAAAGAAGCAGUAAUCCUACCAAUUAAAUUUCCUCACUUGUUUACUGGGAAAAGAAUACCAUGGAAAGGUAUUCUACUAUUUGGGCCUCCAGGAACAGGUAAAUCAUACCUUGCCAAAGCUGUAGCAACUGAAGCUAAUAACUCAACAUUCUUUUCUAUAUCUUCAUCUGAUCUUGUUUCUAAGUGGCUCGGUGAGUCUGAGAGACUAGUAAAGAACCUAUUUGAACUUGCCAGAGCCCACAAACCAAGUAUAAUUUUUAUAGAUGAAGUUGAUUCUUUAUGUUCAUCAAGAUCAGAUAAUGAGUCUGAAUCAGCCAGAAGGAUAAAAACUGAGUUUCUAGUUCAAAUGCAAGGUGUUGGUAAUGACAAUGAUGGAAUAUUAGUUCUGGGAGCUACCAAUAUACCUUGGGUGUUAGAUGCAGCCAUUAGGAGAAGAUUUGAAAAAAGAAUCUACAUUUCUCUUCCAGAGGAACAUGCACGAUUACUUAUGUUCAAACUCCACCUGGGGAAUACUUUUCAUCAACUGUCUGAAGAAGAACUGAAAAUACUAGCCCAGAAAACAGAUGGAUAUUCUGGCGCUGAUAUAAGUAUUGUAGUCCGGGAUGCCUUAAUGCAACCAGUAAGGAAGGUUCAGAUGGCCACUCACUUUCGGAAACUAAAAGGUCCAUCAAGGACCAACCCGGAUGAGAUAGUUGAUGAUCUCCUAACUCCUUGCUCACCAGGUAGUCCUGGUGCUAUUGAAAUGUCUUGGAUGGAAGUUCCGAGUGAUAAGCUUUAUGAACCUCCAGUCACAAUGAGUGAUAUGCUAAGGUCUUUAGCUACUUCAAAACCAACUGUGAAUGAUGAAGAUAUGAAAAAACUUGAUAAGUUCAAAGAAGAUUUUGGUCAAGAAGGAUGAAGCCAUGUAAAUUAUUACUGUGUCGUUUUCCUUGUUUUAAUUUUUUUUAAAGUUCCAAGGCUUUUGCUUAUAUAUAUAUAAACACACAUAUAUAUAU